CUGUGAUUACAAUAAUCCAAUUAAAGAGAAAGAAAGAGAAAGCUUCAUUUCGUUUCAAUGGCGACGUCACAGUUGGUGAGAACUAUUUUAGAUCCAACGAAAAACUGGUUCGCCGCCGUGCACAAGAAAACUAUCACGGAACGCCUGCGCAAAUACGGGUUGCGAUAUGAUGAUUUGUUCGAUCCGAUGGAGUGUUUGGAUAUCAAGGAAGCAAUGAGAAGACUACCUCGUGAGAUUAUCGAUGCUAGAAAUCAACGGAUUUUGCGUGCCAUGGAUCUCUCCAUGAAACACGAGUAUCUCCCCAAAGAUCUACAGGCACAACAGACACCAUUUAGGAGUUAUCUUACAGAUAUGCUGGCUCUGGUAAAGAGGGAGAAUGCAGAACGUGAAGCCUUGGGAGCAUUGCCACUUCAGCAGCGAACAUUACCAUAAUUAAUUAAUUAUGUCAUUUUGAUUUUGGGCUGCUGGAUAUUUCGGUUUAAUUCCUGUUCAUGGUGGGAUUUAGCAAGUAUUCAAAUUAUUAUUCGAUUCUGAGUGUUGUUGAAGAUCAUUUGCAUUAAUGUAUCGUUUCAAUUUUCAACA